AACAGCAGGUAUAAGAGGCGGGUUUGGCCACAGGAAGGCAGGUGGCAGCAUGGACUCCAGGCGGGCAGCAGUGCUGCUUCUGGUGCUGCUGUUACGAACAGGUGGGGGCCACGCUGAAGGACCAGGGGGCCGGGAUGGAGGAGACCAGAUCUUCAGGGAGGAAAACAGUGGAGCCCACCCACCACAGGAUGCCCAGACCCCUGGGUCACUCUUGCGCUCCCUGCUCCAGGCUAUGCAGAGAUCUGGCAGGAGUCCAGCCUUCCUGUUUCAGCCCCAGAGGUUUGGCAGAAACACCUGGGGCUCCUGGAGCAACGAAAGGCUGAGUCCCCGAGCUGGGGAGGGGCUGAGCUCCCCAUUCUGGAGCCUGGCUGACCCUCAGCGCUUUGGGAAGAAGUGACAUGUCAUCCUUUGAUGUUUGCAUGCAAGGCCCACACCCAAAAGUGCCAUGUGUCCCCCCAAAUAAAGCUGUCUGGCUUCUGAAUCCGUGUGCAUGUCUGUAUCUGUAUGAGACUUGAAAGGGCCAGGAGAGAAUACCAAUACAAGAACCACAGCCCCCUCCAUCUCCGCCAAACCAAACUCUCCAGGAACACAGGCAAUGGGGUUCCCGGAUGUCAGUGCACCCAACCUCCUGCCAACAGAAAGUCAAACAUGGGGACCUGUCAGGAGCAAAGU